AUGACCCAGNNCUCCGGCGCAGGUGAGCACUUCCACACCAAGACCGAGCAGUCUCACACUGAGCAAGUCAAGCCUGCGCAGGUCGAGACUGCCAAGAAAGUCGAAGACUCGCAGGUCAAGACUGCUCAGGUCGACACCAAGGCGGAAGUAGCUCCAGUCGUUGACACUGCUGCUACAGGCGAGAAGGACACCACCGUCGACCAGACUAUUGCCCCAGCCGUAGAGCACGAGACCAUCAAGCACGAGCACGAGACGCGCGAGCAGAAGGUCGUCGACCGCGAGCGCCACCAAGACCACUACCACACCACCAUCCAGCCCCUUAAGGACCAACAGGUCGAUGAGACCAAGCACACCACCGAGGUAGACGCAACACAAGAGCGCCAGAUCAACAAGGACAAGCAGGGCGAUCAGAUCAAGGCCAAGGUCGCCGCCGACCAGGCAGCCUUCAAGGACACCACUGUCGAGGCAGCGACAGAGGAGACCACAACCGCUGAGCCCACCGCCGUUGCAGAGUCUGUCCACCACCACCUACACGAGACCAUCCAGCCCGUCAUCGAGAGAGAGCACAUUGUCCCCGAGGUGACCCACAAGGUCAAGCCCGUGCACGAGGUUGUUCAGGAACAGACACAGAACCACGGCGUGACGACCCGCAGUGCCAUUUCGGUCGAUGAGUUUCAGCACCGCCUUCACGGCGAGAGCAAGACAGAAGUCACGCACGCUGGCGAGCCUUCCGUUGCGGAGUCGGCCACCACAGCCGUGACCGAGAAGAAGGAUUAG